AUGAUUGAAGAGGAGGAGGAGGACAGCGCAGAUUUGUACACUUCAGCGAAUCCAUUGUUGGUCGGAGUUGGCUAUGAUCAGCAUGAGAGACAACAGGACAGUGAGGCCAAUACUGGUGGCGCGAUACUCACCGCUGACGACCUGAAUGCCGACAAUAGCGAUGAUGAUGGCAAUGGAGGCAUUAGACGACAACCCAAGUUGUCAUCCCGACGACGACCGUUGCAGGAGCAGCAGACCCUGCUCACGCCACCAACCGACUCAUACAACAAAGACGAUAAUGAUAAUGACAAUCACAACGACGACCAAGACAGACAUCACCAGCAGAUGCGAGACAAACUGCUCACACUGCAACAACUACAGAACAAGAAGUACAGCAGCAGCGCACAUCAUGGUACCACACAUGGCGACACCCACAUCAACAAUAACCUCACAUCACAACUCUCAAGCUCAAGCCAGAUAUUCACGACGAUCCCGCUUCACUCCCCGAUGGGCUCGGCGUUCAACCCGACCAGCGACGACGAUGGCGGCCCGUCGCCGCAGGUCUUUGUGCAUCCACAGCACUCGUCACAGGUCAACGAUAAGUACCUGUCGCUGAUGGGUGCCUCCCACAACCAGGUGUUCCGAAAGAAGCAAGCUGCGCUCAAUCUCAAGAGUGGCCGUCGUUGGCUACUCAAGAUAAUCCUUUUACAAAGUGUUGGCAACCUCAUAAGAGCGCUGCCCAUAUUCAUUCUCGAGAAGUACUACGUAAUGCUUGUAAUAUUCUUCCAAGCCUUCUUCUUACUUAUUGGAUCAUAUGGAACUAAGAAGUUAAAGAAGUACUUGGUGUUGUUGUAUGCCAUUGGAUGCUUUGGCACGACUAUAUUGGACUUGAUCAUCACAUUCACUUAUGCACACUCACAGAACCAUCAGCCAUUCAAUGAGCGGCAGAUCGCCUUCUGGACCUAUGCACUGUUUGUAGCAUUGCUAUGUUGUUUAAAUAUCAUUGGCGGUAUAUAUCUAGGCCUGCGGCUGUUUGUCUCGCUACACACGCUGGAGGACCGCAGCAGCAACACGUUGGUGCUGCUUGCCGCCAGUCUCGUGGGCUCGUUCGAGUCGUCCGAGGACGACGACCAGAACUCGGGUGUCAAGGCCAACCGCACGGUCAUCUUCUACGGCGCCGACGUCGAGAAGGCCAUCAACGUCACCAAGUCUAUCACCGUCACGCUUCCCAUCGUCCAGAUGAUCAAGGACGCGUACCGCAAGGCGGUCGACUCGCUGCCGGCCGUGGGCGCACGCCUGCAGCCUACCUCGUCUGUGCCGGCCGACUACCAAGCCAACCUGCACCACUUCUCCUCCAACGAGGUGAUCACCUCUAAGUACAACGUCGUCACCUUCCUGCCCAAGGUGAUCUUCUUCCAGUUCUCCAGACUGGCCAACCUCUACACACUGUGCAUCGUCAUCCUGUGUAUGUUCUCAUUCUCGCCCGUCGGCCCCAUCAGCAGUGUCACCCCGCUGCUCGUCGUCAUCUCGGUCAGCUGCUUCAAGGAGCUCGCCGAGGACAUCAAGCGACAUCGUCAGGACAGAGAGAUCAACAAUAGAUCGUGUCUGGUCUAUCGCCCACCAGCGAUCGAAGGCACCAACGGCACAUUCGAAACAAUUGCAUGGAAGGAUAUCAAAGUUGGCGAUGUGAUCAAUGUCAAGAACGGCGACAUGUUGCCUGCAGACAUCAUCUGUUUCUCCACUUCAAGACCUGAUGGCAGAACAUACUUGGAGACAGCUAACCUUGAUGGCGAGACUAAUCUGAAGCUCAAGACUAAUGUAUCAAAGACGAAUUGGAUCAAAUCACCAGCGGACUUGGACAGGUUUGCAUGCAAGGUCGAUUAUGAAGGACCAAACAAUGAUAUUUAUGGCUUCGAGGGCGUGCUCACCAUUCUAAAGGGCAUGGAGCACGUGACGCUGGGCGUAUCCAGCAUGAUUGGUCAGACAAACUACGUGCCCAUCACCAUCGAGUCGCUGCUGCUGCGUGGCACCAAGCUCAGGAACACCGACUGGGUGAUCGGCAUCGUCACAUACACUGGUCUCGACACAAAGGUUGAGCGCAACAGCACCAAGAGCAGCCAGAAGAGGAGCUCAGUAGAGCGUGGCGUCAACAACAAGCUGAUGCUACUCUUCUUCCUGCAGACCAUCAUUUGCAUCAUCUGCUCGAUCGGACACAACAGAUGGCACCUGGACGACGAGGACCAAUUCACAGCCUGGUACCUUGGCCAGCCUCAGAAGGACUUUAUCUACGUCAGCUACAUCAUCUUGUACAACACGCUCAUUCCCCUAUCGAUGUACGUCUCGAUGGAGGUCAUUCGCAUGACCAACGCACUCUUUAUCGACUCAGACAUGGAAAUGUACGACGAGAAGACCGACACACCGGCCCAGACGCGAAACACAAACAUCAACGAGGAGCUGGGUCAGGUGCAGUACCUCUUCUCCGACAAGACUGGCACACUCACAUGCAACGAGAUGGUUUUCAAUCGCUGCACGAUCGGCGGCACCAUCUAUGGGCCCGAUGCGGAUAUCACCAUGCGCCUCAACAGCGACCUCAACCACGACGAUCCCUCGUCACCCCGCUCGACCUAUGUGCGCGAGUAUCUCACCUGUCUGGCCGUGUGCAACACGGUCGUCAUUGACAAGACCAAGGAGGGCGCUGACCUCAACUACAACCCCAAGCUGCAUCCCAAGUACCAGGCAGCGUCGCCCGAUGAGGAGGCGCUGGUCAUUGCCGCCGCCAAGUUUGGCUUUGUGCUCAAGUCGCGUGAAGACAACAUCGCCACGAUCAGCGUACACGGACGUGAGGAGCGCUACGAGGUGCUCAACGUGCUCGAGUUCAACAGUUACCGCAAGAGAAUGUCUGUGAUUGUUCGCACCGAAAGCGGACAGAUCAGACUCUACUGCAAGGGAGCUGAUUCGAUGAUCAUGGAUCGUUCGGAGCGCGUGUCGCCCUUCCAGUCCAUCGACAUUCACAAGGUGACCGAGGCACACAUUGGCCAGUUCGCCUCCAAUGGUCUGCGAACAUUGUGCAUGUCCAUGGCGAUUCUGGAUCCCGAGUACUACCUGCAGUGGAACCGCAAGUUUGAAGAGGCAUCCGUGUCGCUUGUACGCCGUGCCGAGAUGAUGGAUCAGGCAGCCGAGCUCAUUGAGAAGAACAUGGUGCUGCUCGGUGCCAGUGGCAUUGAGGACCGUCUUCAGGACCACGUGCCCGAGACCAUCCAAUCGCUGAGAGAGGCUGGUAUCAAGGUGUGGGUGCUCACAGGCGAUAAGCAAGAGACUGCAAUCUCCAUCGCCACCGCCUCAUCCGUCAUUCACAAUGGCAUGGAGUUGAUUGUGCUCAACGAGAACACAAAGGAGGACCUUCUGAAGCGAUUGCUGCAACUGGUCAAUCAAAACAGGAUAGAGAGUUUUAAUGACAGCAGACGAUGGGGACCAAACAUCCUCGGCAAGAUGGCGUCAGCCCUCAACCUCGACCCGUCGGACGCUCCACUCAUCCUCAACAGGACAGGCGAUAUGCAGGUGCAGAUGGCAAUCGUAAUCGAUGGAUCAACACUCACAUUGGCACUAGACAAGGACCUGCGAUACCACUUCCUGCAGGUCGCCAAGACAUGCGAGUCUGUCGUUUGUUGUCGUUGCUCGCCAUCACAGAAGGCCAAGGUGGUCAAGCUCAUCGCCGAACGAUCGUUCCUCUUUGGCGACGGCGCCAUCACAAUGGCAAUUGGUGACGGUGCAAACGACGUGCCAAUGAUCCUCAAGGCACACAUUGGUGUUGGCAUUUCGGGUCGCGAGGGCAUGCAAGCUGUGCUCGCGAGUGACUUUGCCAUUGCCAACUUCCACAUGCUCCGUCGACUCUUGCUCGUACAUGGCAACAGGAGCUACAAGAGAAUCACCAAGCUCAUCCUCUACUCAUUCUCAAAGAAUGUGGCACUAUCGAUCUCACAGUUCUGGUUCGGCUUCUUCUCAGCAUUCAGUGGACAGAUGAUCUACUUUGACUUCCUGUUCACUUUGUACAACGCACUGUUCACCUCCCUGCCCGUGCUUUCGCUCGGCACGUUCGACCAGGACGUCAAGGAAGAGGACCUACUCUCCCAGCCCCACCACUACCGCACGUGCCAAGCCAACAAGCCGUUCUCAAUGUCAACGUUCAUCUACUGGAUCUUCCUGGGCAUGUGGCAAUCAGGCGUCAUCUUCUUUGUCACAUUCUUUGUUCUGCAGUCCUCGACGAUGGAGGGCGGCAAGACCCUUGGACUGUGGUCGAUCGGCACGGCCGCCUACCUCUAUCUAAUAUUAACGACCAACAUCCAGGUGAGCGCCAUCACCAGCUAUUGGACCAUUCAGAACGUGGCGACGGUCAUUUUCAGUGUGGUCGGCUCAAUCCUCUUUGUCGUGCUCUACAGUCUGGUUUACUGGGUGGAGCCUCAGGCGCAGGACAUCAUCUUUGAACUUUUCACCGUACCAGCGUUCUGGCUACUCUACAUCAUUGUGCCUGCCAUCUCCUUCCUGCCCUACGCCAUUGUCACGAUCAAUGGCUGGAUGUUCUCCAAGCGAGGCGAGGACUAUUAUAGCCAGAAGGAGGGCUUUAUCCAGCUGGAAGACAUAAAGAAAUAA